AUGGCCGCCAGCAAGGAGCCGGCGCGGGGGGCAUGUCCCGCAGGCUCGCAGCCGCGCGCGUCCCACUGCAGCGCCCGGCGGCCGCCGCCGCCGCCUCCGCCGCCGCCGCCGCCGCCUCCAAGUUGUAAGCGGCGGCGGCAGCAGCAGCGGGGAGGCGGGGGGCGGGGAGGCUGGGGGGGCCCCCCUCCGCCGGGGCCGCCACCGCGAGGCGGCUGGCGGGGCAGGCGCGGCGCGGGCCCGGGCUCGGGGGAGCGGGCGGACAGGCAGAGCAGGCUGCUCGAGCGCCGGGGCCAGGCGUCCGGCAGCCCCGACACCCUGCGCCAGACCCGGCCGAGGCAGCCCGCCCCGCGGCGCAGGGCCAUGCACGGCGGCCCCGCUGGGCACCGCGCGGCCUCCGCAGCCCGCCCCCCGCUCCCGCCGGGAAAGCAGGGGCGGGAGCGGGAGGACGAGGAAAAGUUUGCGAAGUGGCGGCGUCUCCCGCGUCCCCAGCAAGCGGGGAGGGGGGGUGAGCAGGUGCCGCGGGCGGGGCGGCGCGAGGCCCCAAGGCCUGAGAGCCCCGCGCCCACUUGGGCGCGCGGGGACGCGGCUGGGUCCCCGCCUGGCGUCGGCCGGCCCACGAAGUUUGCUCGGCUCGGUCCCCGAGGCGCGGGAGCGGGGCGCGGCCCCGGGGCUGCAGGGCCGCGGUGGAGCAGCCUCGGGGACCGCCGGGGGACCGCGCGGCGGCGGUCGGCCAGCCCGCUCCUCCCGGGGUGGCGGGUGCGGCGGCGGCGGCGGCGGGAGCGGUUCCGCGGGGCUCGCGGAGCUGCGGGGUGGGCGCGGGCGCAUGAGCCGCGCGGGGGUCGGGGCCCUCCGGCGUCCGGGGAGGCGGCCGCGGCGCUGGUCUGCCAGGGGCGCUGCGUGCGUGCGCGCCGGCGGGAGCCCGAGUGUGUGCGCCCUCGCGGGCGCGCCCCCUCCCGCCUGGUCCCCAGCCAGCUGGCGAGGCGGCCGCCGCUGCUCCCGCCGCAGACUGAGCGCGGCGCAGGGCGCAGGGCGCGCGCGGAGGGAGCCGAGCAGGGGAGGCUGGCGCGGUUGGGGAGGGGGCGGAGGCCGGCGGGGGCCCUGGGGUCGUCCGAGAGCGGGGGUGGGGAGCGGAGGCCCCGGCAGGUUUCCGCAGCGGAUGGGAGGAUAAACGAGGCCGCUUGGGUCCUCCGGGACCAGAUCCCCGAGAGCGGGCGCGGCCACGCAGGGCGGAGAGUUUGA